AUGGACUCAAAGCUUGACGCUAUCUUCCAAAAGGCCACAGCCGAAAACGCCCUUCCUGGCAUCUCUGCCGUUGUCAUUGAUUCCAAGGGCAAUCAACUAUACCAUAAGGCCUUCGGUGUGAACGACAUCAGUGCCUCCAGCCCCACACCAUACACGACAUCUACACCCGCCCUCCUCUGGUCCUGCACAAAACUUGUGACCUCCAUUGCCGCUCUGCAGCUCCUAGAGCAAGGCAAGAUCUCCAUUGACGAUCCGGUGUCCAAAUAUGUCCCCAAGAUUACCGACAUACCCGUGAUGGACGGCAAGGACGAGAACGGUAAAGUCAGAACGCGACCACAAAAGUCCGAGAUCACGAUCCGCCACCUCUUCACCCACACUGCUGGCUUCAGCUACGACUUUUUCCAUGCCGACACACUGCAAUGGCGCAUCGAGGCCGGCCAGCAACCUGCAGGCUACAUGGCCACCGGCAAGAGAGAAGUCUUCGACAGCCCGCUUAUCCACGAGCCCGGUUCCGCGUUCCACUACGGCAUCAGCGUCGACUGGCUUGGCUUCGUCGUCGAAGCCAUCUCUGGCCUUUCGCUUCACGAUUAUUGCACCAAGCACAUCUUUGAGCCUCUGGGCAUGUCCAACAGCUCCCCACUCUACCAAGACGGCGUCGAUAGACUUCUCGUGCAUGUCCGUGGCAUGUCCGGCAAGGAUCCGCUCACGGCCAUGGCCGAGCUCGGCCCCGUCGCAUCUUCCGAAGUUUUCGGCGGCGGCCACUACCUGAUCUCCACGCUUGAUGACUAUACCAAAGCACUCGCCGCCCUCAUGAACAAGGGCACUUCCCCCACCAAUGGCGCCACCAUCCUCAAGCCCGAGACAGUGUCCAAGUACGUCUUCCAAGACCAACUCCCCACCUCCGCCUCCCGUGCCGACCUCGUCGAGACCAAAACCACGAUCCCCAUGCUCAGCAACAGUGGCAGCCUCCUGCCUGGGAAGAAGUUGGGCUGGUCCUGCGGCCUGAUGCUCAACCUCGAGGACAUACCCGGCGGGCGUCGUCAGAACAGCGGCUCAUGGGCGGGCAUGGGCAAUCUCUACUACUGGCUGGAUCCUGUCGGCGACCGCGCCGGCAUGGUCAUGACCAGCGUGCUUCCCUUCUACGACGAGACUGUGUUGACGCUGUUCGAAGCCCUGGAGAAGGUUGCGUACGGAGGGGAAGUGCCGUCUGGGGCGGAAGCCAAAACCUUGUUUCGCGUCGAUGCGUAG